AUGAUGACCCGUCUACUAAUCACCGUCAUCUACCUCGCGGCUUCAGCCUUGGCCCAAGUCCCCCCCGGCUGGACCAAUGUCUUCUCCCCGUCCAACCUCUACAUCUACGAUGUCAGCAACGGCGCCAUCAGCGACCUCUCGCCCACCGCUCUGGUCUUCAAGUCCCCGACCAACGGGGGGCGAGACAAGACCACCCUCUUGACAUUUAAAUACCCCGCCGGCACCAACGGCAAGCAGUGCCAACUGUUCUUCAACUUUGACCAAGCCGCAGACGCAACCUCCCGCUGGGACGGGAGCGGCAGGCUGGACAUUUUCUCGAGCAAUUCCGUCGCCCCUGGCAAGACGUCUGGCUGGCCCCCUGGUAACCAGCGCAAUAACCACCUCGGCCGCUGGAAGAAGUCGGCUACGCCUUGGGCCGACUGGGAGGCUACGUAUGGUGGGCUCUCUGUUCCCCAGCCUUGCAAGCCCCCGGGUACUGUUCAGGGGUUUGAGAUUGUCGGGGUUUACGAUAAUACCUACGUCACCUAUACGAAUGCUCUUAGUGGUGUGCGAAUUGCCUACAGGUAG